AUGUCUGAUUUACAUGGAUCGAUGGAUGAAACCUGUCAAGGAGGUCAAACAGGAUCGGUAGGCUUCGAGGACGGUCAGAACUGGUAUUCUCCUUUGCCUUUUGAUGCUGGGUUCCCCUCCAUGUCUCUCCCAUACGAUCCCUCAAUGUUGCAUACGGUCUAUGAUGUACCUGAUGGCGGGGUCCAGUCUGCUUACGAUAUCCCUACAGGGAUGCGGCAUGUAAUUGACUGGGUAGCAGAACACAACCCAGGGACAGGUGAUCAACCACUGGAAUCGUCCUCUUGGAAUGAAGGUGCCCCUCAUCAUGAUUUAGGAUCCUCUUAUGACCCAACAUACACGCAGCCAAGUACCGCCUAUCCGUCGAUUAAACCCCAAUCAGCGGACACAGGAGGAAAGACUCGCGAAAAGUUGAGUGAAAAGUUGAGAGGUCGCGUAUUCACAGACGCCGAACGCGCACAAUUGUCAGCCAACUCUCAUAAUGCAAAACGAUGCAGAUGGUAUUAUCGUCAAUCAAGAAAGCAGCUGAAUUCUAUGUCAGAGAUCUGGACUUGCAGAUCAAAUAAAGGUAAUGAAGUAUUGCGGUGGAUCCCCAUAGAACUGGGUACUGGUGUACCUUGGAAGAGCCACGGGAGAUUUGGUGAUAGAAAAUAUGCUGGCAUCCCCUUCUGGGCCUUCCAGAAUCUGCGCAAUCCGAUUUGCGACAUGAUUCGAGACGUCUGCCAAAACAAAACCUGA